ACCUUUGCUAGAAGUAGGAGAGAUUUGGAAAAAUGGAUGUUGAGAGCCAACAUGCUCAAACUGCCUCAAAUAGAACAUAGAAGAAUGCACUAAAAGAGGGUCAGCCUUGGAGAAGACAGUUAGGUCAUCAACAAAGGCAAGGUGUGAGAGCUUUAAGGCCUUGCAUUUCGGGAGAGGAAUAAUAAGCUGGCUGGUGCAUACUGAUUUGAAUGCUUCUAGAAAGGACUUCGAAGGCUAGGGUGAAAAUGUAGGGGGAGAGUGGCCUGCCCCCUAACGGAUACUUUUAGAAAAGGUAAAUUAACCAGUAGGGCUGCCAUUGACAAUCACUGAGAAGUGGGGUGAGGAAAUGAAAUGGAAGGUCCAAUUGAUGAAAGCAGGUGGAGAAUACAUCUUAUGCAUAACAACAAAGUCCCAUCGCAAGGAGUCGAAAGGUUUAUGAUUAUCAAUCUUCAUAAGGACAACUAGGGAGUGUAUCUUUCUAUCAAAACCUUUGCUUGAAAGUUAUACUGCUCUAAUUCUCAACAACCAUCAAAUAAGUAAUUCCCUUGAAAUUUGUCAAAACAUUACAAUGUUUUCAUCCAUGCAUUUAUAUAAUUAUAUGCCAAGCAAGAUUCUAUGGUUUGGUUUCAACCAGGCUCGAAACCAAAAUAUUUUGCGAAACUGCAAAUUUCAUGUGCAAUCUAGAAGAUUUUGGUUGAUGGUUUCAAGGCCCAAAUGGCCUAAUUAGGUCCUGUAACCGAAACUUCUAUGAAACCCUAUUUUAGGUCCUCUAAACAUAGUGGAAGCCUUAGAUUGCAAAAAACACACCCAAAAUGGUAGCUUAACUUCGGAUCCUUGUUGUAUAUUUCUUUAUACAUUCUCUAAUAUGGCCUAUUCCACACAAAAUUUAGUAUUGGAACACAUAUUUCAAUUAAAGCAGCUGAAUAGGCAUAAAAUUAUAAACCAUUCCAUAAGUAUCUUAUGUUAUACAUGGGUAAAAUGAUACACCUUGCACUUUGAAUCUUGCAUGGCUUGCAGCAAAUUGUCGCUUUCGAUGCAUUCCUCUACUAUGGUACUGCCCAACAACUUGUUCCACAAUUAUAUGGAAGUGAUUUGGCCAAAAAUCACAAAAAUCAAGUUUCUCCAAAUUUUAGAGUCGAAACUAGUGAAACCAAUGGAAAUGGGUCAAAUUUUCAACCAAUUUUGUUCAAUAUUAUUCAUUUUAUAUAAAAUAUUGUAUCAUUUUGGUCGAAACGAUACAUUUUGUUGAAAUUUCACCGAAACAAUGAAUCGACCCUCCCUCCCUUUGACCUAACCUGACCUGACCCAACCUUCAUCCUCCCUGCACUGGUGGCCCUCCUCCUUCCCUUCCACUCCCCCAUCUCCUAUCGUCAGCUUUGGUCCUUCCUCUCUCCUCCCCUCUUCCUCCUUUGAACGUGCUCUAUCCUCUCUUGGCACCCAACCACCCCUCCCCUCUAAUCCAAAACGUUGGACUUCCCUUUGUAACCCUUUUUCCUCUGGCCGUCUUGCUCUUCACUUUGUCCCCCUUCCUCCCUAGGUGACAAGAAGAUUGGUCUCUACCUAGCAGGCUUCCUUGACUCGGAGAUCUCCAAAUAGAGAUUUUGCCUUGUGGGACACUUCAUCGGCGGCCGGCCUCCCUUCCCAUUGUCAAGCGAUCCCUCUGCAAUCAAUGGCGCACCCAUAACUCGAUGGAAACUCAUGUCCUAGAAAAUGGUGUUUUUCUUUUUGACUUCUCUGAAGAAAAAGUUUGCUCAAAGCCCAAAAGGGUGGGCCCUAACAAGUCGGAAAGAAGAAAAUUUUUCUCCGCCAAUGGAACCAGUUCAUGCACCUCCACAAGAUGGAUUAUCACUUCAUCCCUAUUUGUAUUGUUCUCCCUAGUCUUCCCCUUAAUUUUUGGGGAAAAAAAGGGUUGAGCAUCAUCAGAUCUGUUAUUGGUUCUCCGCUUUACUCGGAUUUCAGAACGUCUCUAAAUGUUAGAGGAAGGGUUAAAAUAUUCAAUCCUCAUCAAGUAGAAAGGGCGUCCUAUCAAAGAUACCACUUUGGAUCCAUGCCGAAGAUUUUCAGCCUCUUGAUACGGACUUCUAUGAGCGCUACAUGUCCUUCAUCCAUUCUUCGGAGACGAAUGAUUUUAAGAGGGGGGAGCUGAUGUAGAUCCACAUGCUGGCCUUCAUUAUUGAAGGAGAAAAAGACCAGCCAAGACCAGCAUGCCUUGUGCUGAUCGAGCCUAGUUGGUCUCCAACUUUUGGACCCUAUGCUGGCCACAUCAGCAGCCCAUCGGCCAGCAUAGGAUACCCCUCGAUAGUGCAUAUUUACUUUCCAAUUUGGGCUUCUAGAAGACCCUUCAAGUUUCUAAUCGAACCAGCCAUGUACAGCUGCCCUAAAGACCCUCUUUGCUGCCUGUGAUCUCUUUUUACAGCUGUGAGUGUGUCCCUUAUGUUUGACUGGUCAAAGAUGAAGUUGAGUUUCCUUCUAGAAUGUCCCCAAUAGUUCCCUUUUAUGAUUUCUUGGGCUUCAAGUUAGAGAUUAGUUGUUAAACUAUGUUAGUUUACACAAUUAAUGAAUGAAGAAUUUUGCAGCCAAUGCUCGCUCCAAUCUCCUGAGAAAGAAUGAACAACAGCUGAGAUAGUUGUGGGUGAGAGGCCCAGGUUGAGGUAGCCAUUAUUCCACCCACUACUUUGUUUCUAUUAUUUGAUCAUUGUGAGAGUUUUGAGUGUUUAUUUCAAGUCUACUUGAAGAUCAGAAGCCAGCCAGAAGAUCAGAUUGAAGAACCAGCAAGAUAUCAAAAUCGAUACAGGAGAGUCAGGGUUUUGGGACCUGAUCGAAAAACCCUGCUUCUCCCCUUCUGCCAGCCAUCUUCGAGCACCCCUUUUAGGGGUUUGAAGGCCACCUCAAGGGCCUCCUUCGACCAGACUUUCAGCUUGGUCUGACCAGCCAAAAGAGAGCCGCUGGGUUUUGCUCUGUUGAAGCCUUGCACCUGUGAGGAUCAAACAUUGGUGUUGCAGCUAUUCUCCAAGUCUGUCUACAGCUCCUGUUGGUGAUCUAUCAACAGUCUUUUGGGGGUCUUUUAACUCAGGUUUGACAGUCCUAAGAGCCCUCUAAUUGUGAGUUGUCAUUCAGUCCUAAUUUAGACCCUAUUGUGGUUCUUUUUGGUUCCUUAGUCUGAGAUCAGAUUCUGAGUUAGGUUGAGAAUUGUUUACUAUUGGGGUUUGUUUUCCUAGAUGAACCUACCUUACAUUAUUCUCUGCUAUUAUUCUUCCUCUAUUCCUUUUUCUUCUUGUCUAUUCUUGUUACACUCCUUCCCUGCUUUUUUUUACUAGCUGGGUUGGAAAGAAGAAGUUGGAAAUUCCUGGUUGCCUGCUUAUUCAGCCUUAGAUUUUGGGAGUUGGUUUGCCUCUCUAGGGAAUCCUAGGGUCCCGCCUCCCGAAUCAUCUCCUACUGUGAGAUGUAACAUCUGCAACCAAGUCUGGAUUUACUUCUGUCCGGGUUAGUUCAGAAAAUGUUUAAUAAUUUUCCAAACGGUAGAGUUCAAAUUAUUUAUCUUUUGGGAUUUAAAGAGUAGUGGAUUACCAACCUUCUCUUGAAAUGAAUCGAUUGAGUUUCUCAAUCGAAAACCUGAGAGGUUACUGCUGAUUUACUGUUUACAGUACAACAAAGGACAGUUUCUUCCUAAUUUGCACAAAAGCCCCUACUUUCUAAAUUUAUCUCUGUUUAUUCUCAUUCUCAUUGAAUUAAAUUUGAGAUUUGUCCUCCUUUAAAUCAAAUAAUUUAAUGUCCCAGAUUCUGAUUUCUUACCCAAAGGAGGACCUGUUUCGAAACUUACGGAAUACCAGAUGCUCCUACAUAUUUGAACUUUUAUCACUUUUGUGGGCUCAUAGAUGCCCAAAAUUGAGGUUUUGUAACCUGGGGUUCCAUUAAUUCUUUCCUAUAAAGUGCUGAUAUUGGAAAAUAUUUAACAGGAUGAUUUCUCAACAAGAGGACUUUAGGGGAGUCAAAAAAUUCAAUUUUGGUUCUAAUCAACUACCUGUGUUUGGAUGGAUUUAGUGUCUGUUCCUUCUUAUAUUCAUUUAAAGGAGAUAUAAGUGUGCAUUACGAUAAAAAACAUAAGAAACUGAAAGUAGGAUGUACUGAUUAUUUUCUGUGAGAAGAUAAAAUAAAUGAAAGUUUUCUUUCUCUUUUCUGAUGCCAAAUGAGAAAAAUAGAAAGACACGAAAUGAAAUGGAGGAAUAUUUAAUGAACCAUUGAACUGCUUAAUUUUCAUUCCCUUUCUCUUCUGUUUUCCCUGACCAAUGGUCUUGCUUUUGUAAUAUGUUUGUUGGCCUAAUGUUAGUAUGGAGAUUAGUGGGGAGAGUUUUGCUUGAAGGUGAUUUAGGAUAGCUUCGGACAAGGUGCUGAUCUAUGAUGAGAAGUAGAAGGAAAUAUUGGGUAUAAAGAAAUUUAAGAGAUAAGGGUAGGAAGGAGAAGCAAGGUACUGUUGACAGAAUUUGAAUGGUACCCAGUAUUGGUGACUCUUGAAAUGGGUAAAGGAGGAAAUAGAAGAAUGAGAAUAAUAAGAGAGAGAAAUUUGUUCGAAUAAGAGAAGAGAAAAGAAGAGAGGAGAUAGGAAGACAUGAACGGAUUAGCUCCCAACAGGUUAAUGUGGGCACAUUUUGCACAGGGAUAAGUUUUUUCAUUUCUGUUUCUUCCAAUAAGUUCCUUUACAUCCUUAUAUAACAAAGAAAUUUAUUACUCAAGAAGCUUUAAGGUAGUAUACUCUAGAAUUUAAGAAGUAAUAUGGUCAAGAAACAAAGAUAGAAGCCAACUUGUCCUUAACUUUUGUAAGCCCCAAGACGCAAACCAAAAGUUACAAUAAUACCGCCAUAAUUUAAAACUUACCUAUAGUACUCAUCCCACAACAUCACAAUGCUUCCCAACAAAUAACCUUGAUUCAGUUGUUGUGAUGGAAGAUGGAGCCCAAUAAAUUCUCCAUGAAGAUGCUCUUGCAUCUCAAGGUCUUAAAGUAGGGGGAAAGAACAGUUUUAUUAUGUGUUUGCUUCCAUUGCACCAAAACGCUCGAACUGUUGGGGAAGGGAAGAUUAAAUGUAUAUAUUAAUACUCUUCCACACGUGCAGGCCAAGAUCCCAUGGUUCUUGCACGUGGGGCUCACGUGACAUUUCUUCACGCAACACUGAGGGAGAAGUGUCUGCCCUUACCCGAUUUUUACACUUCUUAGGAGUUGAACACUCAACCUCCCUACUAUGAUACCAUGUUCACUACCAUUUCACCUAAAAGCUUGAACUGUUAGGGAAGGGCAGCAUUAAUGUAUACAUCAACACUCCGACGCACGUGUAGGGUAGUAUCAAUGUAUACAUUAAUACUUCCCCGCACGCGUAGGCAUUGAUCCCAUGGUUCUUGCAUGUGGAGCAUACGCGGCAUUUCUUUGUGUGGCAUUGAGGGAGAAGUGUUGGCCCUUACUUGAUUCUUGCACUUCCCAGGAGUUGGAACACUUGAUUUCCCUAUUCUAAUACCAGUGUUCGCUACCGUUUCACCUAAAGGAUCGAAAUUUGAGGGAAGGGAGACAUAAAUGUAUAUAUCAACAGUCCCCUCACAUGUGUAGCCAAGAUCACAUGGUCCUUGCUUGUGGAACUCAUGCAACAUCCUUUUCUUUGCAUAGCACAAGGGAGAAGAAGUGUCCGCCCUUACCUGUUUAGCAGUUCUUAGGAGUCAAACACUUGACCAUGCUCUGAUACUAUGUUAGCUACCGUUUCACCUAAAAGUUCGAACUAUUAGGAAAAGGCAGCAUCAAUGUAGACAUCAACACUCCCCCGCACGUGCAAGCCAAGAUCCCAUGGUCAUUGCUCAUGUAAUUCAUGCGGCAACCAAAGGAGAAGAAAUGUUGGGAAAACUCUUCCGAUGCACUUCCCAAGAGUCAUACACUUGACCUCCUUCCUUUGAUACCAUGUUUGCUAUCAUUUCACCUACAAGCCCGAACUGUUAGGGAAGUGCAGUGUCAAUGUAUACAUCAAACAUUGUGUUCAAGUAAAUCUCUUGCUUAAGAUAGAAACAAAUGGGAAAGGAAAAGAUGGAAAACUAUAACUGAAAGAACUCAUCUGAUUAACCUAAACGGGCUAUCAAUUAAGUUUGCAUUCUGGUGCAUUGUCGGUUCUCUUAACAUUUUUAUCGUGUUCUAACGCAGCUACUCAUCCCUAUCUUUACUUUUCUGCAUUGUGCAUCAUAGUUGUUACUGAUUGAGUCAUUAUUUUGCCAAUAUCUUGAUCAUUUUCAUGUAUAUUAAGGGUUUCCUGAGCCAGAGUGUUUUAAUCACCAUUUUUCAAUUGCAUAUUUGACGCGGUUGAGGCUGUAGUGUUCGACAGGGUGGUUUUCUUCAUAUGUACUUGGUAGCUUGAGAUUAUGUGUUCAAGUGAGGUUCCUAUCAAUAUAUCCUAAAGUAGGUGCAAAAGACUUGUUGAAAUCUGCAUCUGAACGCUUUGAGAAGUCAAAGAAGAUGCAACUUCAUAAAACGGACUUCAGGCCUGAUGGAGAAGAACAUCAACAUGUUAAUGAAGGUUCAGAUAGUCAUGCUUUCGGGGAAACACCAGUGAAAUUUGAUGGUAUAGAAAGGGGCAGCAAUGGUGAUAAAAGUGAACAAGAAAAUGACGAUUACUUUCAUGAUGAUGAUGAUGAAAUUGAGGAUGAGGAAGAGGAGGAAGAAUUAGAUGAACUUGGGUCAGUGGCUGGUGAAGAUGGUGAUUUUACUCAGCAACCGUUUUCUUAUGCCAAGAACUACUUGCAAGAGCUUUUUGGUAAUUUUCCAUCAGCAGGAGCAAGUAGGCCAGACGUUGAUACCAGCGAUGGAGAAUAUCAGAUAUAUGAGCAAGACAGCAGUGACAAUGAUUGACUAUUUUGGCAGUGAUGCUUCCUAGCAUCAGUUUUUGUAAUCAUGUAUUCUGUACAUAAUUUGAUCUACUGCAGAAUGGCUAUAUUUCUAGUAGUAAUUUUGAUUCACAUGAAAAAUAAUGCAAUUUCUUUGGUGGUUUGUGCGGCUGAUCUCAGUUCCCUGGGUAAUGUAAGAUUUGACUGGGUUAAACUUGACAAUGAACUAGGUUGGUCCAUUGAACAGUGGAGGGGGUUGGAUUGUAACCAAACUGACCUGUUUCGAUUAAAUUCUGGUAAAGCAUGUUGAAAUCUAAGACAGCUGAAUUGUGUUCAAACUCAAACUGGUAUCUAAACUUGGUCAAAUCAAUCUGAUUCGGCUUUUGGUUA